GGAGAGACUAUUUAAUUUUAUGUGGUUGGUGAAAACGUUUGAGGUCACGCUGUUUCUUUGCAUGGCCGCCUUUAAUAUAGUCAAGUUAUCGGAGGGCAAAACUUUUCUGAAAUUAUUUUCAAUAGGGCAUUAUUUGUGUUUGGGCCUGAGUGAAUUAUUUAUGAUUUGCUAUGCCAGCGAGAUAAUAUAUACAGCAAGUCAACGAUGCGGUGAGGCUCUAUUACGUAGUCCUUGGUACUUGCAUCUCCGUGAGGUACGCGCUGAUUAUCUCUUAUUUUUGACGAGCGCUCAAAAAACUUUCGAAUUCACGGCUGGCAAACUUUAUCCGUUACGAUUGGAAAAGUUUCGUGAGAUUAUCACAACAUCGUUUUCAUUCUUCACUUUGCUGCGGAACAUGGAUAAGGAGGGAUGA